UCUCUACUGGACGCAUCGACAAGUCGACCCUUGUUUGGUGGGGGGAGCUAUCCACGCAGCUCGCUACACCGAUUUGGCUUGGCGCGACUCCCUCUCUCAAAAGACACCUUUGACUUUUUGUCUCUUGCAAAGCUCCUCUGCGACGCAAGAUGAGUAGCAAUACCUCGGAGGAGAAUUUCGAGUGGGUCGAGACGCCAGCGGCGCGCUCACCCGCGAAACCUGAGUUUGACUGCGGGGUUGCGAUUACUUCUUAUCCUACGAUUGCCAAUGCUCCUCUUCCAGCAGAGGGUUCAGGCCGCGAGUCGUUCUCCAACUAUGGCCUCAUUGGAGUGCUUGUCGGCGUCCCAGCCUGGCUCACCUACAUUGUAGGCAUGGGAUUCAAGACCUGGAUCUUUUUUACCCUCCUCACCUGUCUUCCUGUACUAGGUUCUUUCUGGUGGAUCACCUCCGAGUUUGCGCCUCGCAAGAACGAGAAGGCCAAGCUGCCCGGCAAGCCUAUCGAACACUACCUGAAGUUUAACAAGGAGGAGGACCGCGACGCAUACUAUGGCAAGAAGAGAAUCCCUAUCGAGACCUUCCAGGAGAAAUACUUUGAUGGCGAGUUGGAGAUCAAUGGUGACAUGCUCGAGGUGCUGGAAUGGCGCCACGACUGGUCGAAGCCCCGAUUUACCGUCGGAUUGAUCAAGCACUUUCUCUUUGGCAUGAUCCCCGAGAUGAUUGUUCACUCCAGGUCACAAGACGAAGAGCAGGUCCGAGACCACUACGACCGCGGUGACGACUUCUACGGCUGGUUCCUUGGUCCUCGCAUGAUCUACACCUCUGGUAUUAUCUCUGACAUCAACAACGAGGAAAGCCUUGAACAGCUCCAGGACAACAAGUUGGCCAUUGUGUGUGAGAAGAUUGGCGUCAAGAAGGGCGAGAAGAUGCUCGACAUUGGCUGCGGUUGGGGAACACUCGCGAGGUUCGCUUCCGUCAACUACGGCGCUCACGUCACCGGUGUCACCCUUGGCCGUAACCAGACCGCAUGGGGAAACAAUGGCCUCCGUAAGUCUGGUAUCGAAGAGGACCAGUCGAAAAUUCUCUGCAUGGACUAUCGUGAUAUCCCCCUCCCUCCUGGCGGCUACAACAAGAUUACCUGCCUCGAGAUGGCCGAGCACGUUGGUGUUCGUCACUUGGGUGGCUUUUUCCGACAGGUUUACGACAUGCUUGAGGAUGACGGUACAUUCUUCCUCCAGAUCGCUGGUCUUCGCAAAGCUUGGCAAUUUGAGGACUUUACUUGGGGUCUCUUCAUGAACAAGUACAUUUUCCCGGGUGCUGAUGCCUCAACACCCCUUGGUUUUGUCAUUGAUACGCUUGAGGGUGCUGGUUUCGAGGUCAAGAUGGUUGACACAAUCGGUGUCCACUACUCAGCUACACUCUGGAGAUGGUACCGUAACUGGCUCGGCAACAAGGACAAGGUUAACGCCAAGUACGGCGCUCGCUGGUACCGCAUCUGGGAGUACUUCCUCGCCUACUCCACGAUCGCUUCCCGCCAGGGUACCGCUACCUGCUUCCAGAUCACCUGCGUCAAGAACCUCAACGCUGUACACCGCAUUGAUGGUAUUGACACCCAGUUUGGCCUAUCGGCAGCUCUCGCUUCCAGCAAGGCUAAGUCUGCCAACAAGUUGAACAAGUUGUAG